AUGAACCAAGAUGCUUUAGAGUUAUUCUUUGGGACUGUUCGUCAGUCAACUGGUCCUAAUGACCACCCUGCAACGCCAACUUUCCUUCAAAAUUACAAACUGUUAUCAAUAUAUUCAGUUAUAAAACCACCAAAGACAGGUAAUUGCCAAGUACUGAAUUCAGAGGUUCCGAAAAUAUCAAUUGAUGACAUUAAAAAUAUCUAUGAUACUGAUGAUGUAAGUGAAAGAGUUAAGAAUAUUGAAGCACUAAAAUUAAAGUUAAGUAAUUGCAUGGACAAUGAAGAUUGGGAAGCUGAUUCUAUUUUUGAAGACCAUAAUUAUUUUAAAUCGCCAACAGUUGAUUGUGUAGUAUUUAAUAAGGCAACUUUCUAA